AUGACCUUCCAGCAAAGCUUCAAAUCAGGAGAAUUCGUUGCUGGUGUGUGGGCACAAGAUCAGACUAUGAUUGCACCCGAUCUCGUCCUGAAAGCGACACACUUCGGCGUCGCUACGAGAGUCGGCCCUGACAGCCUCACGACAGCUGACACGGGCAUGUUUGCACUGGGUCCGCAAAGCAGUCUUGACAGACACACGCGCAGCGAACUGUUCAGCACCUGGAUGACUGCCGCCACCGAUGCAGGGGUGAUCCCGCAGAACAUUGUCACUAUCGAUCUCGGCGAGCCCUCGCUUACGUUUGGCAGGGUCGACCUUGAGAAUGCGAUCGGCGAACCGGUCUACCUGCCUUCGAUAAGUGCGGCGCACUGGAUCGUCAACAUGGGCUUUCCCCAGAUCGCACUGUUUGGACCGGUUUUGGUCGACACGGGCAUGGCAUAUCUGUCCUUCCCGGCGGCGGCCAUGCAAAUUCUGAUGGGGCAGAUACCCGGCUCCAAAAUCGACUUGACCUUUGAUCGCCUCUUGCUCAUACCGUCUGGCUUUGUACUGAAGCCGUUCAUGAUUGUGAUCGGCGCACGCGAAUUCGUUCUGUCUUCUGAGCAGCAAUACCUAAACCAACCAAAUUUGCCGGAGCCGCCGGGCUAUCGAUACUCGAUCUUCCAUCAGAUGACGAAUAUGCCAAGAGGUGUCGCCGCUGUCUUCGGUGGCAAAGUGCACAAGCACUUCAUUGUUAUUCUCGAUGACCACAAAGAGCAAGAACGCCUUCGACCUAUCGAGGAUGAGGUCAGCAUAACGGCGGUUGACCUGCGUAGUACGACGUUGCAGCUGAGCUGCGGCAGCGAUGACAAUCUAAUACCAACGCAGAAACCGUGGCCACGAAGCGACAUGAACGUCGCUUUGUUUCUUGCCUUCGUUGCGGUCAGCGUUCGUGCGCAUAGGGUCGACUUGCGCGCCGUCGAGCGCUUCCAAGGAAGCCCUGUAAUCGGAGAUUCGCAUGCGACUGCGCUGGUAUAUGAGGACUUUCACUACGAGAUCGAUGUCGGAGUGGGUAAGAUCGACGAUCACUGGUAUACUCUGGUAGUCGACAGCGGCAGCUACAUCACAUUCUUCGGCACGAACCCCAAGCAGCCCUACAUCGGCAGUGCAUCGCAGGUCAAGACAACGACGGGCUGGAGACAGAACUUCAUAUCGGGACACGCUUACGGCGGUUUGUGGGUCCGCGAUCAGACGAUGAUCGCGCCCGAUUUCGUCGUUGGCAGCACUGACUUUGGCGUCGUUACCAAAGUUGCCCAGAAGGACUUGACUGUCACGGAUACUGGCGUCUUCGCACUGGGUCCACAAGCUGGCCUAGAAAUGCAGGUCGGUAGCGACAGAUUCAGCACAUGGAUGACUGCUGCGACCGACGCAGGCGCCGUUGCGCAGAACGUCGUCACCGUCGACCUCGGCAGACCGUCGCUCACUUUUGGCUAUGCCGAUCUCGAGAAUGCGGUCGGCGUUCCCGUGUACGUGCCUUGUCUCGAGGAGGAAAGCUGGCUCGUUCAGGCCAGUAUUCCGGAAUUUGCGUUUAGCGGGCCCGUGUCGAUCGACAUAGGAGCACCGAUGUUUGCUCUUGAGCCGGCUGACAUGCAAAAGAUGAUCAAGCGCAUACCCGGCUCGCGCCUUCAACAGGAGUCGAACAUGCUCAUAGUCCCGUCGAAGCCACUGCCGAAGGAUUUGACGAUCAAGAUUGGCGCGUUCACGUACGUGUUGUCUGGUCAGAAACAGCUUCUGGGCGACGGCACUGGUCGAACAGCAGACGGCUCGGUAUUCUCGAUCUUUCAACAGAUAGAAGGCAUUGAAUCUGUGUCGGGAGCCAAGGCUAUCUUAGGCGCGAAAGUUCUCCAGCACCUCGUCGCAGCGGUACUUCUGACGCUGGUGGCUGGGGUCUAUGCUCGAAAGGUUAGCUUGCGUGCUGUCGAGAACUUCCACGGAAGCCCAGUGACCGGAGAUUCGCGCGCGACGAGCAUGGUUUACGAGGAUUUCCACUACGAGCUCGAUGUCGGAGUGGGCAGAAUCGAUGACCACUGGUAUACUUUGUUCGUCGAUAGCGGGAGCUAUAUCACCUUUAUUGGCACCAAUCCCAAACAGCCGUACAUCGGCAGUGCUUCGCAGUUCAAGACGACCGCAGCAUGGCAGCAGACGUUCGUAUCGGGUCAGAGCUACGCUGGCGUGUGGGCUCGAGACCAAACCAUGAUCGCGCCCGACUUUGUUCUGGGUAACACUGACUUCGGCAUCGUCACCAAGGUAGCACAAAAGGAUCUGACUGUGACCGACACUGGCGUCUUCGCACUGGGCCCACAAGCUGGCUUGGAAGUGCAGGUUGGUAGCAGUAGAUUCAGCACAUGGAUGACUGCUGCGACGGAUGCAGGCGUCGUUCCGCAGAACAUUGUUACUGUCGAUCUCGGCGAUCCAUCGCUGACUUUUGGCUAUGUCGAUCUGGAUCACGCCGUCGGCAGUCCGGUAUACGUGCCUUGCCUACUGUCAGAACUUUGGCUCGUGAAGAUCAGUAUACCGCAAAUCGCGUUUACUGGGCCUAUGCUGGUCGACACGGGCACGCCCUUUGUCAAUCUCACGCCAGAUGACAUGCAGAAGUUGAUGAAACGCAUACCGGGCUCGAAGCUUUAUGCGGGCACCAACCUGCUGCUUGUCCCAACUAGCCCUUUGCCAAAAGAUCUGACAAUUCAGUUUGGUGCCUUCAGCUUCGUCUUGACAGGCAAGAAGCAGAUCCUCGGUGAGGGAACAGGACGAGACCGAGACGGCAGAGUACUGUCCAUCUUUAAACAGAUGCCCGGUGUAUCGGGGGGCGCCAGCAUCAUCUUUGGCGCAAAGAUCCUCCAACAUCUCGUCGUAGUCCUUGAUGACGACAAUCACCGUAUUGGUUUCGCCGCUCGAAGAGAACAGGUGCUCUCGACAUGUGUCGUCUUGCCGACUUAUUCCGCUUCUUGGGGAGACAAUUCUAUCCUGGCUCUGCAAACCGCCGAGAUGAAGGCAGGAGUGCUCCUGGCGAUCGCAGCUGAUUGCUAUGCUCACAGAAUUAAUCUGCGCACUGUUGCACCAUUCAGCGAUAGCGAGGUGAUGAGAGAAUCGCACGCGACGAGCGUGGUCUACGACAGUGUCCACCAUGUCAUUGACGUCGGGCAGCCGUAUAUUGGCAGUGCGGCCCAGGUCAAGACCAAGGCAACGUGGAAACAAGCCUUCCUAUCGGGUGGAGUCUUCUCCGGGAAAUGGGCUCGAGAUCAAGUCGAUGGCUUGAGAAUCAGCACAGAAUCUGGGGUUGUCAAAAAGACCAGUACAGGCAGCGUGACGACCUGGCAUGCUGGCAUCUUCGCACUUGGUCCGCAAGCCGGACUGAAGGCUCAGAUAGGCAGCGACAGAUUCAGCACUUGGAUGAACCAGGCGACUAGUGCGGGUGUCGUUUCAAGCAACAUUGGCAAUCUGGAGUUCGCUUUGGAAGGCGAGAAGCAGCUCAUGGGUGCGGCGACGAAGCGAGAUUGGCACUGUCUUGUGUACACGACCUUUCAACAGAUUGAAGGUAUGCCGCAGGGCACUGGCGCGAUCAUGGGCUCAAAGGUGCUUCAACACCUUAUCAUCGUGCUCGACGACGACAAGCAUCGCAUCGGCUUCGCUGCUCGCAAGCUCGCCUCGACGCGGAGACUCGUCGCUAGUAUCGUCGUCACUCGAGUGCGCGUCCUGGCAACGCGUUGCCCUGCCAAAUCAUUCUAUCCAUCAUGGCAUUGCGAUUCUCCUUCCUGUCCGCAAGCUGACGAAAUGAGGACGGCCGUGCUGCUGACGCUUGUGGCUAGCGCCUCUGCUCGCAAGGUCAGUUUGCGCGCUGUCACAAACCCGCGAGAGAGUAACAUCGUCAUCAACUCGCGCGCGACGAGUUUGGUUUACGACGAUGUCCACUAUGUCAUGGAUAUCGGCGUGGGCAAAUACGACGUCCAUUGGUAUACGCUGCUUGUCGAUACCGGCAGCGAGCAGACGUUCUUCGGCACGAGUCCAAGACAGCCAUAUAUCGGCAGCGCUUCGCAAUCCAAGACAACCGCAACUUGGACACAAGCCUUUGUGUCGGGCGAUUACUAUUCUGGUCUUUGGGCACGAGACCAAGUCGACUUUGGCAUCGUGACAAAGAUUGCACCGGGCAGCGCGACGCUCUUGGAGACUGGCGUCUUUGCUUUAGCUCCUCAGGCUGGCCUGGAGCAGAAAGUAGGUAGCGACAGAUUCAGUACGUGGAUGACCGCCGCGGCUGACGCUGGCGUCGUGCCACAAAACAUCGUUACCAUCGAUCUCGGAGAGCCAUCGCUCACUUUUGGCCAUGUCGAUUUGGAGAACGCUGUCGGCACGCCGGUAUACUUGUCUUGCCUCGAGGCUGAGAGAUGGCUCGUCAAGAUCAGUAUGCCGGACAUCGAGUUCGAUGGGCCCAUGUUGAUCGAUACAGGCGCACCACUUUUCGUUCUGACGACAGCGGACAUGCAGAAGAUGAUACAGCGCAUACCAGGCUCAAAGAUCCUAGAGGGCAGCAGGAUUCUGCAGAUUCCGAGCGACCAUAUACCGAUGGACUUAACAUUUGAGAUUGGCAACCUCAAAUUUGUGCUGCCCGGCGAGAAGCAGCUCCUAGGCGCGCCGACGAGACGGGAUUUCCACGGACUUGUGUUCUCGAUCUUUCAGCAGAUUGACACCAUGCCGGAUGGCGCUGGCGCUAUCAUGGGCUCAAAGGUCCUUCAGCAUCUGAUCGCUCUACGGAUCACUCCGUCAAUUGCAUCGCUGCUUUGUCAAGCCGUGUCCAAGGCGUUGCCGCGCCGACGCCAUUCUGCUCUUGCAAGCCUGCUUAUUCUGCUAGCUUUGCAGACUGUUGAGAUGAAGGUCGGAAUACUCUCGACGCUGGCAGCUGCUUGCUAUGCUCGCAAAGUCAAUCUACGCACAGUAACGCCAUUCCGCGACAGCGAGGUCGCCGUAGAAUCGCGCGCAACCAGAAUGGUGUACGACGAUGUUCACUACGUCAUGGACAUCGGCGUAGGCCGAAAUGAUGAACACUUGUACACGCUGCUCGUCGAUAGCGGAAGCUACCUGACUUUUUUCGGAACAAAUCCCAAGCAGCCAUACAUUGGCAGUGCUUCGCAGAUCAGAUCAACGGCAACUUGGACUCAAGGCUUCCUGUCGGGCGAGGCGUUCUCCGGCUUUUGGGCUCGAGACCAAGUCGGUGCCUAG